AUUCAUUAAUUUAUCCACCAUAAUCCGUUUACCUUUCACGGCGAGGCCACGCAAGGCGCCUCCCCCUUGCCGCCUCCGCCGUCACAACCACCACAUCAAUUUCAAUUCCUCCACAACCACCCUCUGCGAUGGAGAUCCAUCACCAUCACCAUCAUCAUAUGAGAGAGGAAAAGCAGAUGGAGAUUCAUCACCACCACCAUCAUCAUCAUCAUCAUCAUAAUCAUCAUAACGAGAUGGUGGUGUCAUCUUCCUCUUCUUCUUCCUCAUCGCCGAGUGAGUCAGACGAGGAGUUGCAACACAUGUUGUUGGCGCCACCAUUGUGGAAGAAGAGGUUGUCGAAGCAGUUAUCGAUGUGCGAGAAGCCAAGGGACAUUGCAUGGGAAAGAAGGCGGAUGCAGGAGCGGCGGAGAAGUUCGACGGUAUGUGAUGAUUUGACCGACGAGGACCUGAAUGAGCUUAAAGGGUGUAUAGAACUUGGAUUCGGAUUCAACGAGGAAGACGGUCAGAGACUGUGUAACACCUUGCCCGCACUCGAUCUUUAUUUCGCUGUCAACCGCAGGUUGUCUCCUAGCCCUGUCUCCACCCCUCAGAGUCGUUCCUCUUCCCUCGGAGGUCGUUCUUCCUCGUUUGGAAGCCCUAGAAGUGACUCUGACUCUUGGAAGAUUUGUAGCCCAGGGGAUGACCCUGAACAUGUGAAGACCAAGUUAAGGCAUUGGGCUCAAGCCGUAGCCUGUUCUGUGAUGCAAUCAUCUUGAGAAAAUAACCUGUGGGAUGUUCUGUACAGAGAAGGGACGAAACAAAAACAGAAAAAAAUAAUAAAAGAAGAGACUUUGCUUAAACUGUAUUACGAUUAUUCCUUGGGAAGGGAUUUUUUGACGGAGGCUAACAGAUUCACUUUGCUGGGUCGAAUUUGGAAUUUGGUUAGAGCAGAGGCAUGGACGCAAUUAUGAUGAACCCAGAUUUCUUGAGCGAUUUUAUUUAUUCUGUUUUUGAUGUUCUAAUCCUAAAGUGUCCCUGGCAGAGUGUAUUUGAAUUCCUAUAGCUAUUUUUUGGAUGAAAUGGUAAAAAGUAAAAAAACAAUAGCAAAGUGGGUUCAGUUCAGGAUAAGAGCUCUCACUGUGAAGACACUUAAGAGAUUUCACACCAAUCAUGAGUAUAUACAUAAAUAUAUAUGUAUUAAUAGAUGAUCAGUGUUACGCCCUUUCCUUAGCUUAGGACAUCCUUUCACAUGUUGUGACUUGAUUGUAAAACAUAAACUUGCAAAAAUGUAAUUGUUGAUUAUGGCG